UAAAGCCGCGCUACAAGACACUAAACUGCACCAAAUUACACACGAAUUCUUUCCCUCUACAAAUUCUCUCCAGUCAGGUCUCUUUCUAUAUACAGCACGCAACAACUCAGCCAAGUAUUAUAGUGAGUAGUAACCAGGAAAAAAAAUAAAAGACCAUCAAAAUAAACAUGGAAGCAAGGGAAGCCGGAGCAGCAACAUACACGGCCGAGACGUUGAGGGAGGUGGUGGUUGACGACUGCACUUCCAUUGCUAACGCCCACCUCCUUCACUUUCGUAAUGGUUUCACUCCACCAAUUUCUGGCCACCACGCCAAGGAGAAGGGGAGGUGGGAGACAUUUGUACUAGCAUACAAAACACUAGGAGUUGUAUUUGGUGGGCUUGUAACAUCACCACUCUAUGUUUAUCCAUCAAUGCCAUUGAAUUCUCCAACUGAAGAGGAUUAUUUGGGAAUUUAUAGCAUUAUGUUUUGGACUCUUACUCUUAUUGGUGUUGUCAAAUAUAGUUACAUAGCCCUUAAGGCUGAUGAUCAUGGUGAAGGUGGAACAUUUGCCUUGUACUCCUUACUCUGUAGGAAUAUAAAUAUCAGAAUUCUUUCUUCCAAGCAUGGAGAGCCAAGCUUAAAUUUUUCAAACUCCGUCUUGCAUGAAAGCGCUGAGAAUAAGUGCAGGCUUGGCAAAUUUUUUGAAAGAAGUUUAGUUGCCAGAAGGGUGCUGCUUUUCAUUGCUAUGUUAGGCACGUGUAUGCUGAUUGGGGAUGGUAUACUAACACCUGCAAUCUCAGUAUUGUCCGCAAUGGAUGGAGUAAGAGCACCAUUUCCUUCUGUAAAGAAGUCGUUGGUUGAAGCUCUUUCUGCAGCUGUUCUGAUUGUUCUGUUUCUGUUACAAACUUUUGGCACCUCUCGAGUAAGCUUUGUUUUUUCUCCCAUCAUGGGUGCAUGGACCUUGUUUACUCCACUAGUGGGGAUUUAUAGCAUCACACAACAUUAUCCUGGCAUUUUCAAAGCUUUAUCACCACACUACAUUUUUCACUUCUUUUGGAGAAAUGGAAAGGAAGGCUGGCUGAAACUUGGUGGCACCAUUCUCUGUAUCACAGGUUCUGAGGCAAUGUUUGCAGAUCUUGGUCAUUUUAACAGGCGCUCUAUUCAGAUGGCAUUUCUGUUUACAAUAUAUCCAUCACUUGUUCUCACAUAUGCGGGCCAAACAGCAUAUCUUAUCAAGCACCCAAAUGAUCAUAAAGAUGGAUUUUAUAAGUUUAUACCACAAAAGAUAUACUGGCCAAUCUUUGUGGUUGCCACAUUGGCUGCAAUUGUUGCAAGCCAGUCACUGAUAUCAGCCACUUUUUCUGUCAUCAAACAAUCUGUAGUACUGGAUUAUUUCCCCCGGGUGAAGGUUGUACAUACUUCUUCUAACAAAGAGGGUGAAGUUUACUCCCCAGAAGUCAAUUACAUCCUCAUGAUUCUCUGCGUUGCAGUUAUACUUAUUUUUGGAGACGGACAAGAUAUUGGAUACGCUUUUGGUGUUGUUGUCAGUCUGGUAAUGCUCAUUACCACAAUAUUACUGACACUAGUUAUGAUCAUAAUAUGGAGGAGUCCGCCAUUGCUGGUUGCACUUUACUUCUUUGUAUUUUUUACAAUGGAAGGUGUUUAUGUCAGCGCUGUAUUAGUUAAAAUACCUGAAGGUGGAUGGAUCCCAUUUGCUAUAUCUUUUAUUCUUGCUUUUAUCAUGUUUGGCUGGUUCUAUGGAAGGCAGAGAAAGAUAGAAUAUGAGUUAACUCACAAGAUAGACUUGGGAAGACUUGAAGUGCUGCUUUUGGAUCCGGGUGUUCAACGGGUUCCUGGAUUGUGCUUCUUUUACACCAAUAUUCAAGAUGGCCUGACUCCUAUCCUUGGACAUUAUAUUAAAAACAUGAAAUCUCUGCACAAAGUUACCAUUUUCACCACACUUCGGUACUUGUUGGUUCCUAAGGUUGCUCCACACGAAAGAAUUGUUGUUAAUAAAUUGGGCUUGAGAGGAGUUUAUGGAUGCGUGAUACAAUAUGGCUAUGCAGAUGCCCUUAAUCUUGAAGGAGAUGACUUUGUAAGUCAAGUUACUGAUAGCUUGCGCAUGCAUAUCCAAAACUGUCAAGGUUGUUUACCAUCUGAUCCUCAAGAGAUUCAGGACGAGAUUUCUGCCUUUGAACAGGCAAAGAUGGCUGGUGUGGUUCACAUUCGAGGGAAGACAAGGUUUUAUAUAGGCGAGAAUUGUAGCUGGUUUGACAGAAUCAUGCUUGCAUUUUAUGAAGUCAUGCACAAUAACUGUAGGUCUGCGCUACCAGCUCUUGGGGUGCCACCAACGAAACGAAUUGAGGUUGGAAUGCUAUAUGAGGCUUGAAUUGAUACUACUUUAAUGGCUCUAUACCUUACAAAAGUUUUAUAGGCAAAGAAUAUGCCUGGAAGAGGAAAAUUUCCAAAAGUGCGAUAUGGCUUUUCCAAACAACUAUGUCAGUUGAUUAAAAUGUACACGCUAUCUUCUUGUGCUUUAAUAGUACAACUGUCAAAAUAUAGUUCAAGGAAUUGGAUUUGAGUAUUACAGGGUUUUUCCUGGUUUAUAUCACCCUUCUGUUCAGCAGUGAACGAAUUCAUCAAGUGGAGUCCUGUUGAACAACAGGAUAUGCUGGCCGGAAAUUUAGAAAAAUAAUUUAUUGGUUUCUUGUUGCCAGAUUUUUCUUGUUAGACUAGUUACUGACUCGAAUGCCUUUCCUGACAUAUCGGGUGGUAUACGUAAAAUGCCUCCAAUACCAAUGGCUGCCUCAGUAUCAUCAUUCUUCUCCCAGAAUUUUGCAGCUGUGCUGGUAUAGUUUAGCUGGAAGGUAAAAGAUAGCUAGGUCAAAAAGUUCAUGUAAUUCUUCUGGACAAUUUAAAAUUUAAUGACAGGAUCUGGAAAGGGAAGAACUUACCACCAGAAACUCUUAUGGUUCAGGUGGCAAUGCUUGCAUUCACUGCUCCUAUUGUUGUUUCUCUGAGUGUUGGUUUAAUGCUUUUUUGUGUUA